AUGUUUUCUCGGGCAAGAAGAACACAACUGACCCAAUCGACCAGUGGCUCGCCCGUGCAGUUCUCCGCCAACCUGGUAGACUCCCUCCAGUCGAACACUGAGACCGACUCCUCGCGCGCCAAAUCCCUCGAACUGCAAAUCCAGGCCCGCGUGUCCCAAGAGCUCGAGCGUCUGCGCGAACGCGAGCAGCAGACCCUCGCCGAGAUCGAGAAGCGGCUGGCGGAGGUACGCGACAGCGCUACAACCCAGACGUAUGCCGCCCCGACAUCGCCCGCCAGCUAUCCGGCCGGAUCGCUGGAUUUGGAUGCGCCGCGCAUCCCGUUCGCCGGCCGCGAAUACACGCCCGCGCCGCCGGCGCAGACGCAGCCCGUCAACCGCAACCUGAGCCGCGAGACGGUCAACGCGGAGAUCGAGGAGCUGCGCGCGAAGCUGGAGGGACGGAAGAAGCUGGUCGAGCUGGAUGAGGGCGUCGCCAAAGCCAAGGCGGAUGUCGUCAGCUGUCUCCGGUUGAAUGACCGGCGGCCUCUGGACUGCUGGAAGGAGGUUGAGGGAUUCAAGCGGGAGGUUGCUAGACUUGAGGAGGCGUUUGUGGAUCGCAUCGUUGGUUAG